AUGACGAUGCUGCUGGACGGAGGUCCGCAGUUCCCGGCGCUGGGGGUGGGCGGCUUCGCGGCGCCCCGCCACCACGAGAUGCCGGGCCGCGACGCCGCCGCCGGCGGCAUGGGACUGGGCCCCUUCGGGGACUCCUCGCACGCCGCUGCCUUCAAGCUGAACGCGGCCCCGCACGACCUCGCCGCCGGGCAGAGCUCGGCGUUCACGCCGCAGGCGCCGGGCUACGCCAGCGCCCUGGGCCACCACCACCAUCACCACCACCACGCCGGCCAGGUGCCCUCCUACGGCGGGGCCGCCGCCUUCAACUCCACCCGCGACUUUCUCUUUCGCAACCGGGGCUCCGGCAUCGCGGACGCCGCCUCCGGCACGGCGCAACACGGGCUUUUCGGCGGCUCCCCCGGCGGCUUGCACGGCCCCGGCGGCAUCCCGGACACCCCGGGCUACCUGCUCUUCCCGGGGCUCCACGAGCAGAGCCCGAGCCACACGUCCCCCAACGGGCAUGUGGACAACGGGCAGAUGCACCUGGGGCUGCGCGGGGACCUCUUCGGGCGGCCGGAUCCCUACCGCGCCGUCUCCAGCCCCCGCACGGACCCUUACGCCGGCGCCCAGUUCCACAACUACAACCACAUGAACAUGAAUAUGGGCAUGAACGUGGCGGCCCACCACCACCACCACCACCACCACCACGGCCCCGGGGCUUUCUUUCGGUACAUGCGCCAACCCAUCAAGCAAGAGUUGUCCUGCAAGUGGCUCGACGAGAGCCAGCUCAGCCGGCCCAAGAAGAGCUGCGACAGGACUUUCAGCACCAUGCACGAACUGGUGACCCAUGUCACCAUGGAGCACGUCGGGGGGCCGGAGCAGAACAACCACAUCUGCUACUGGGACGAGUGUCCGCGGGAAGGCAAGUCCUUCAAGGCGAAAUACAAACUGGUGAACCACAUUCGGGUGCACACGGGGGAGAAGCCCUUCCCCUGCCCCUUCCCGGGCUGCGGCAAGAUCUUUGCCCGCUCCGAGAACCUCAAGAUUCACAAGCGGACGCACACAGGUGAGAAGCCCUUCAAGUGCGAGUUUGAGGGCUGCGACAGGCGCUUCGCCAACAGCAGCGACAGGAAGAAACACAUGCACGUCCACACCUCGGACAAGCCCUACAUCUGCAAGGUGUGCGACAAAUCCUACACCCACCCCAGCUCACUUAGGAAACACAUGAAGGUGCACGAAUCCCAGGGGUCGGACUCUUCCCCUGCAGCCAGUUCGGGGUACGAGUCCUCCACCCCUCCCGCGGUGGGCUCCGCCGGCAGUAAGGACUCCACUAAAACACCGCCGGCCGCCCUUCAGAGUAACCCCGGCCACAACCCUGGACUGCCCCCCAAUUUUAAUGAGUGGUAUGUGUGA